UUACUAGAAGAAGACGAAAUCUGAGAGAAGAAGUCAGCAGAGACAGAGCUGUGCAAUGCAGAGAUGAAAUGGAGCAGUACACACUCACACACAUGCUUCUUGCUUUCCCUCUCACUCUCACACUCUCUUUCUCUUUCUGAGCUUUUGACCAUGGAUUCUCAAUCUCCAUCAAAAACCCUCUCUACCCAUCUCCCCUUUUCCUCAAAUGUAGCCUUCUAACAUACAUUCCUCAAAUCCGUUGUUUUCUUCUCCUUCUCCAAAUCCAACCAUCCACCACACUUCUUUAUUCCAUGGACUACGAGAGGAUUCUCAAGCCUCAGCCUCCCGGUGGAGGGGGGUUUUCACCUGGGAAGCUUAGGAAUAUGUUGCUUGGCUUGGAGAAGAAGAGGAAGGAGGAGGAGGAAGAGCUUGGAUCCAUUUACGAUUUAAGAUCUCAAGCUUUGCAGAUCGAUGAGGCGGGCAGUAGCGGAUCUGAUAUUUGCAAAGAUGUGGAUGUGGUCAGUGUUCUUCCGGAGUGCUCGACCUCAAUAAAGGCUGAUUCACUGGUUUCUGAGAUAGUUAGUGAGCAUAGGUUGAAGGAUAAUGCUUAUAAUUCACGACUUAGGAUGCAAGAUGAGCCUUCUUUUGAUAUUGAUAGUGGGCAGGAUGGUUCGACUUUGCUCACUUCAACCUUUGAGUUCCAGAAGUCAGAGAGGUCCGCACGAGUUCCCCUGGGACCCUUCUCUAAGCCAGCACCAUCCAAAUGGGAUGAUGCUCAGAAGUGGAUUGCUAGCCCUACUUCAAAUAGACCCAAAACAGGGCAAUCUCAGACACAAGGUGGACAUCUUUUUGGAUCACGAAAACUAGGUAUUGGUCUUGGGAGUCGUCAGCCAUCUUUGAAGGUUGUGGUUGAAGUUCCGGAUCGGAAAGUGACUUCUUUUGAGGAACCGGAUACAAAGCAGAUUGAUAGUCACGAAGCUAACAUUGGAAGUGUUGCUCAGAAGUUUGUUUGUUGGGAUGCUAAUCCAUGCGCAGUAGCAGAUUCAAGUGGCAAGCCUGCGUUGAUGAUUGAGAACUCUGUUGGAGAGUCAGCAAUUAGUCUCAGCCAACAUGAUUCAUCUCUGGCCAUUCAGACUGCAACUACAUUUAUUCCUCCUCCCACAACCGCUCGUUCUGUCUCAAUGAGAGAUAUGGGUACAGAGAUGACACCUAUUGCAAGUCAAGAACCUUCAAGGACUGGAACUCCUGUGAGAGCAACAACACCAAUGCGUAGUCCGACUUCUUCAGUACCAUCAACUCCUGGGAGAGGUGCGCCAACUUCAUCUCCUACCACUGCCCCUAUUGAGCAUGUAGAUACUAACAAAGAGUUAUCUGAGAAGGAGAUACAGUUAAAAACUAGAAGAGAGAUAGUGGUUCUCGGUACGCAAUUGGGGAAACUGAACAUUGCUGCAUGGGCUAGCAAGGAAGAGGAAGAAAAAGAUGCAUCGACGUCACUUAAAACUGUUGCAACCGAACAACCAAUUAAAAGUGUGAUAGAAACACGAGCAGCAGCAUGGGAGGAGGCUGAAAAGGCUAAGUAUAUGGCUAGGUUCAAACGUGAAGAAAUGAAGAUUCAAGCAUGGGAAAAUCAUCAGAAAGCAAAAACAGAAGCUGAAAUGAGGAGAGUUGAGGUGAAAAUAGAAAGAAUGAGAGGACAAGCACAUGAUAGGCUUACAAAUAAACUAGCAGCAGUGAGGCACAAAGCUGAAGAAAAGCUAGCAGCAGCGGAAGCGAAGAGAAACCGGCAAGCUGCAAUAGCUGAACAACAAGCAGAUCAUAUUCGCCAGACUGGUCGCAUUCCUUCUUUAUUUUCUUGCUUCUAUUGCUGCUCUUGAAAUUUGAACACUUUUUCCACUAGUUUAUGUGAAUGUAUUGUAUUGUAUUUGUGUAUACUGUUAUACAAAAUUCCAGUUCUUUUCGUCUGCA